AAGCCUUCUGCUCUUCUACGCCACAUUACUCCUCUCUGGCGGAAUUAGGCUACGCCCAUGGUUGUGGGGCGUUGAUUGAGAGAGAGAGAGAGAGAGAGAGAAGUGGUCUACUGAGACGAAGUCCUCCCGCAGUAUUCACAGAUCUCGGCAGCAUUAUUUUGGAUUUCACUCUCUUUGUCAGAAAAUAGUGCAUUUGGGUGUUCAUUGGAUGUGUUCUCCAGAUGUGCUUUGAUUGUGGAUCAGUGUGCAAGUGUUUCUUCAUUAAGUGGGCCUCGAAGGAAAAUGCCAUUUUCAUAGCCAUUGGUGAAUGGUGAUAGAACCUCAUUGGCAGAGUCACGUGGUGAGGUGGCAAGAUGGUUGCACAAGGCUUCAUAGUGGAUUUGAAUAAGCCCCUUGUCUUCCAGGUUGGUCACCUUGGAGAGGAUUAUCAGGAAUGGGUUCACCAGCCUAUUGUCAGUAAGGAAGGCCCUCGAUUUUUUGCAAGUGAUUUUUGGGAGUUUUUAACCAAAACAGAGUGGUGGGUAAUACCUCUAAUCUGGCUGCCAGUUGUAUGCUGGUCCAUCUCAAGAUCUGUGUUGAUGGGUCACAAUCUUCCUCAGAUAGCAACGUUGGUGAUCCUUGGUAUUUUUAUAUGGACAUUGAUGGAAUACACUCUCCAUCGCUUCCUUUUUCAUAUCAAAACAAAGAGCUAUUGGGGAAACACCGCACACUAUCUCCUUCAUGGUUGUCAUCAUAAGCACCCAAUGGAUGGACUACGCCUUGUUUUCCCUCCUGCUGCAACAGCUGUCCUAUGUGUGCCAUUCUAUAACUUUGUUAGACUCCUAUCCACUCGGACUACUGCUCCUGCACUGUUUGGAGGCGGUUUACUGGGUUAUGUGAUGUACGAUGUCACCCAUUACUACUUGCACCAUGGGCAACCAACAAGUGAAGUACCUCGAAAUCUUAAGAAAUACCACCUAAACCAUCAUUUUAGGAUCCAGAACAAAGGCUUUGGGAUCACUUCCUCAUUAUGGGACAAGGUGUUCGGGACGCUGCCUCAAUCAAAAGCAGCUGCAAAAAGCAGAUAAAAUUUUGUUAAGGAUAGCAUUUGUUCAACCAGUGACAUCAUAAGUUAGAACUUAUUUUCUCCUCACUCUUGUUUCUUUCACUUCUUUACCGAUUCUAUGGUAAGAUCUAUUUCACUAGUUAGAUGUGAGGAUUCUGUUGCCAUUAUUUGUGCCAUGAAAUCUGUAUAAAAUGAAUUGAUUGGCUUGGUGGAUACAGUACUUAUUGAUGCAAGUCUCAAAUUAUUUAUUUUUUCCUCCCUCCAUCUGUUAGUCCAAAAUAAACUUUCAU